UCUAUUACAGGCGCUUGCAUACAUUUCCAGAAUCGUUUUUUUCAGUACAUUGCGGAGAACUACUUCCUUAAAAUGGUGAAUCACGCUACCAGAGGCAGGGCUACAGGAUCUAGAGGGAGGGGGAGAAACCGAUCAGAAAACCCACAUCGAAAUCCUAACUUCCGGCAGAAUUCAGUUCAGAAUCGCCAGUCUCCGGCGACCCAUGUGCUGAAUUCGGGCCGCGGUAGAUCGUUCCGUGAUCCCGCCACGCCCUACUCGGCGGCGUCUAGAGGGUAUGGUGGCGAUGGCGGGAGCGGGUCUGGUGGUCGGGAACGCGGUGGGAGAGGUGGGGCCCAGUAUGUGGCCCGCCGACCGAAUUCGGAAAGUGCUGCGACGACUGCCUCUGCCGAUCACGUGCGAAAGUUGUCAGAUGUGUGAAAUCCAGCCGCUCAUCAGGUGUGUCCCACCAUGUACAUGCACUGGCUUGAAACCCAGCCUGGCCCGAUCAUUUGGUGGGCCCCACUGUGAGAAUUCCCUAGCCUGAUCAUCAGGUGGGGUCCACGGUGAGGAUGCCCUGUCCCGAAACCCUGGUUAGCCCAAUCAUAGAGUAACCACACCAUGAGGAUGCCUUGAGGCUUGAAACGCGUGAUGGUCUAAUUAUCAGGUGGGCCCCACCUGAGAAUGCCCUAGCCAGAAACCCAGGUGGGCCCAACCAUGAUGAUGGCCUGGUCUGAAACUCAGGCUGGCACAACCAUCAGGUCCGCCCCACCAGGAACAAUCGCUAGUCAGAAAUCCGGGUUAGCCCAAUCUUCAGAUAGGCCCCAACAUGAUCAUGCCCUGGUCUGAAACCCAGUCUGCCCAAUCAUUAGUGGGCCCACAUGUACAGGGAAGAUAAAUAACUUCAGACAGGCUUAAAAUGCUUGCAUAUCACAAAAGAAAAUAUAUA